GUUGGUUAGUGCAAGCACCGCGCCCUGCUUAGUCACCCGCGCCGAAAUCCCGACUUGGAUUUGCUUCCACACAAAAAAUCCCCAAUUUUCGCAGCCCGCCGCAUCACCGACUUCGACAAAUCGAUCCACGCCGACGUCGCCAACAAACAGGCAAGAUGGGUCACCCCGCAGGUCUCCGUGCUGGUACGAGAUACGCCUUCUCCCGGGGUUUCCGGCAGAAGGGUACGAUCCCGCUGUCGACCUACCUUAGGCAGUACAAGGUUGGCGAUAUCGUCGACAUCAAGGUCAACGGUGCUGUUCAGAAGGGUAUGGCCCACAAGGUGUACCACGGCAAGACCGGCGUCAUCUACAACGUCACCAAGUCGGCCGUCGGCAUCAUCAUCUACAAGAAGGUCAAGCACCGCUACAUCGAGAAGCGCAUCAACGUCCGGAUCGAGCACAUCAAGCCCUCGCGGUCACGGGAGGAUUUCCUCCGCCGGGUGAAGGAGAACGCGGAGCUGAAGAAGAAGGCCAAGGCGGAGGGCAAGCCGGUUCAGCUGAAGAGACAACCCGCCAUGCCCCGCGACGCCCGGACAAUCUCUUUCGUCGACAACAAGCCCGAGACUGUUGCGCCAGUCGCCUACGAGACCACGAUUUGAGGGAUUUCUCGGCCUGUUGCUGGAUUCGCGGGGGGGAGAUUUGGCGUGCUUCGUUUUCUUGCCUGGGGUUCAUCGCGUUUGGCACGGAAGGAUCUCCUGCAUGGAAUUGGUCUGGGAUGCGGGAGUGCUCAUGGGAAUCAACAUACCAGUAGCAUGACCAAUAACGGUUGGGCAUACCGUCUUGUCCGGCGUGAUACAGUCGUGAAGCGCAACCCGGCAAAAUCAGACAUGGUUGGGAGGAGCAACGCGCUGAGGAUACCCGGGCAGGCUUCGCCUUAUGAUGCCAGACGAGUAUCCAAGGGAGUCUGCUCUGUGGCUGGAAUACUCGACCGCUCUGAAGCUUGCCGGAGAGGAGCCAAGGAGGUGUGCUGCAGUAACCCUCUGACCAUCCCCUGUCAGAAUCCAAUGGUGCACUGAAAAUAAUCUCCGGGGGAUUAGGUACGCU